UCUUCUUUUUCUCAACAUGGAAUAAACCUAUUACUUGUUCCCUAUUAAUCUGUAUGUUGUGUGUAACCAUGUUAUUUUUUGAAGUCUUCUAAUUUUAUUGAGCAAAUGUCCUAUGUGUGCUUAUUGUCAAUGACAGAGACAGGUGUAGCACAAAGAGAAAUUGUAUCCAGCAGGUCCAGUGAAGCAGAGUACUUGGCCAGUACUGCUAUGUCUACUAUUCACAUGCAUCAUCAGCUUUUUCAUGAGUGUAGUACCUGUCAGAUUAAAACCUACGUCCUCGAGUUGUCUCUGGGUUUGGAACUGUAGUUUUUAGUGUUGUAUAGAGCUCAAUUGUUCCCUUUUAUAUUUUGACUGGUGAAUGAUAGAAGGAGCUAAAUUUGUAAACUGGUUUCACUUAGUGCAUUGGCUAGUAAUCGAGGCAUAAUUUUGUCUUAGUUUGUACAUUACAGAAUGUGAAUCAUCUGAUAUGACAGUGAUGUGGGUGUACUUCCUAAUUGUAGUUGCAUUCAUUGUCUCUUAGGAGAAAGAGUGUCAUGUCAGUUACAAGUAAAGCUGAAUUUUGGCUUGUUUGCUUUCAAAUACAACACAAAAUGGAGCCUGAAUAUCCUACUGAACUUUUCAAAAAUAAGGCAUGUGUCUGACCCAGAUAUUAGCAAAAAUCUAGUUAUUAAAAUUCAAUUCUGAACCUGGGGUGAUGUCUGCCUGGGGGUUGUGUGUUUUCCCCACAUUCAUGUGAGGUUUCUCUGGGUGUUCUGAUUUCUUUCCAUAGUAGAAAGACCUAAUGGUAGGUUAAUUGGCUUCUGAGAAAAUUGUCCCUUAUGGGAGUGUGUCUGUGUGUACUCUGCGAUGGACUGGUGUCCCAUCCAGGGGUGUAUUCUGCUUUAAGGCCAUUACUUGCUGGGAUGGCCCCUGCAACAAGUAUUAUUACUUUCAUGUUUAGGUCACAAGAGCCUGAUUUCACAUUGGAUAUGGUCAUACAUAAUGUGGGGGAAAGGAGCAAAAGGAACUGCUCUCUCAGCACCUGAUUCUUUGCAGAGGGCAUUUUCAAACUACACAUACUGUACUAACAUUGAUGAUUCUGUAGAGGUAGAUCUUUGAGCUCAGCUUGGAUUCUGUAUUGAAUAGAAAAAGGUUUUCUCAUUAUACACAAGAUCUGAUGACCAGACAAAGCCAUUUGCCACACAUCUUAAAUCUAAUUCCUUUUAGCCAUUAUAUUGAUGUUAUGUUCUCUAAAAUAUAGUAACUCUCUGUAUGUUUCGUUAACAUUUAUAUACUUCUAAAACUUUUGGGUAAUUUAAAUUGACUUUGUUUAAAGCAGCUGUAUGCAACUCAGAGCAGUGUAUUAAGUUCAAAGGCAGUUGUUACAAAGCACAUUAAUAUUCUCUAGAGCUGCUUAGUGUGACUAUAAUCACUGCAGUGGUGCUCUUCUUAAUCACAAGUGACAGACAACAUCAGGUGCCCAAGUAAUGGGGGGUGUGCUGAGAUCAGAUUAACUAAGAUUAUGCUAAACAGUUAUUCCUGUGAAACCUAAAGUUACCCUGGUCUUAACAUCUUUAAAGAUUUUUGUGGUUAAAGCAGUAAACUGCAACUGGGAACAUAUAAAGUAUAUGAAUCAAUUAUUUGGGUCAUUAUUUUAAGAGGAGCCCUACAAGUAUUUGCGGGACUGGAGAAUUUUCUAUCCACAUGAGUUAUGUGUAUAUACACUAGAAGCCUGUAUGUGUGGAAUAUUCCCCCUUGGAAAUCUUGCCACUUACAUGGGACAUUUCUACAUCGUGUGGCUCAGAAUCAAAACUGGAAAACCAUCCAAAAACUAAAGAUGUCGGUUAUGUCCAUGUGCUUUGAUUGUGUAAAUCGGAAAAACAGCAGAAUGGAGGCCUCCUGCCUUGAGCUUGCCCUUGAGGGAGAAAGGCUUUGCAAAGUGGGUGAUUACAGAGCUGGCGUUUCGUUUUUUGAGGCUGCGAUCCAGGUUGGGACAGAAGACCUCCAGAUACUCAGUGCUAUUUACAGUCAGUUAGGGAAUGCUUAUUUCCACUUGCACGAGUAUGGCAAAGCACUGGAAUACCACCAUCAUGACUUGACUCUGACCAGAACAAUUGGGGAUCAGCUUGGCGAAGCUAAAGCCAGUGGCAAUCUUGGCAACACCUUGAAGGUUUUAGGGCGAUUUGAUGAAGCAGUAGUUUGUUGUCAGAGACACUUGGACAUCUCAAGGGACUUUAAUGAUAAGGUUGGGGAAGCCAGAGCGCUUUAUAAUUUCGGCAACGUUUACCACGCCAAGGGGAAAAGCAUCUGCUGGAGUGGGGCAGAUCCAGGCGAGUUUCCAGAAGAAGCUAUGGCUGCUCUUCAUAAAGCAGCGGACUAUUAUGAAGCAAACUUAUCGAUUGUUAAGGAGUUAGGGGACAGGGCAGCUCAAGGCCGCACCUAUGGAAACCUGGGUAACACACAUUACCUUCUUGGACAAUUCAGGAAUGCUGUGAAAUCCCAUGAACAGCGACUUCUGAUCGCCAAGGAGUUUGGUGACAAAGCAGCCGAAAGAAGGGCUUAUUGUAACCUGGGAAAUGCGUAUAUUUUUCUUGGGGAAUUUUCACUUGCAGCUGAACAUUACAAGAGAACACUACAACUGGCUCGACAGCUGAAGGACAGGGCUGUUGAAGCCCAGGCGUGUUACAGUCUCGGAAACACUUACACCCUGCUGCAGGACUACGAGAGGGCAAUAGACUACCACCUUAAACACCUCAUUAUUGCCCAAGAUUUGAAUGACAGAAUUGGGGAGGGGCGGGCAUGCUGGAGUUUAGGAAAUGCCUACACUGCACUGGGGAAUCAUGAUCAAGCUAUGCACUUUGCAGAAAAACAUCUGGAAAUCUCAAAAGAGACUGGCGACAGAAGUGGUGAGCUCACAGCCAGAAUGAACGUCUCUGAUCUCCAGAUGGUCCUGGGUUUGAGUUACAGCACAAAUAAUUCAGUUCUAUCGGAAAACCACGAGAUUGAUUACAACUUGCAUGGAGCACGGCCAAGGGUGGGCAGGCGUCACAGUAUGGAGAACAUGGAGCUGAUGAAACUCACACCUGAUAAAGUCAAGGGUCAAAACUGGAACAGUGAAAUGCUUACAAAACAGCAGAAACCACUCCUGGCAAAGUCCAAGCUUUUCUUUCUGAAAGGCAAGAAGCACAAAAAUAACGGCUCCUCUACUAAAGUUCUACAGGAUACCAGUAACACACUCGAGAGCGCUGAUGUCCAGGAGCAGGCUUCUCAAAAGAGAGUUAGUCCUGACAUGCUUGGAGACGAGGGAUUCUUUGACCUGCUCAGUCGAUUCCAGAGCAACCGAAUGGAUGACCAGAGGUGUUCUAUAGAGGACAGCAAGAGCAGACUGUCGGUGCCAUCAGCGACCUCCUCCACCCCCCCCAGAGCAAUGAAGAAAUCACAUUCAGUGUCAGUUGUCUCACCUCACACUGAUCAGUUCCUAGACCUGCUGGCAAGCUCUCAGAGCAGGCGGUUAGAUGACCAGCGAGCAAGUGUUGGCAACUUCCCUGGCCUUCGAAUCAACCAGCAAAACAGCCAGUCUGUACUCAGCCAUCUAAUGGCUAAUGCAGACAACAAAGAGCCGGAUGAAGAUUUUUUUGACAUGCUAGUCAAGUGCCAGGGCUCAAGACUGGAUGAUCAAAGGUGUGCCCCACCUCCUCCAGCAGCCAAGGGUCCAACAGUCCCGGAUGAAGACUUUUUCAGUCUGAUCAUGAGAUCACAGGCGAAACGUAUGGACGAGCAACGGGUGACCUUACCAUCUAGCACAAAGCGACCCAGUUCCAACUAAGACAGCGUGUCGCAAAAGCUCAUAAGUGAAUUUUGUAUGCACUUCAUGCGAUGGAAAAUACAGUAAACGAACAGUUUAAUCACAGGUAGGGAAUGUUUACUUAUUCUUCAGGGAAUCUAUGCACUGCCUCGCAUCAGAAGAGGAACAGCAUAAAUGCCUACUGAAUGUUACUGCAGCAAAAACAAGACUGUAUCUUUUGUAAAAUUUAUGGACAUUUGAAAACUUUAAUACUGCACAGAACAGCAUUUUUGUUUCCAGAAUGUUUGUCUAGAACGCAGACUGCAUAAACUGCAAACUUUAUAAACCACACCAGUCUCUUGCUAACUGCCAUUUAGUUCAAUUUUUGCUUUGUGCUGUGUAAAUACCCCUAGAUGUAAAUUGCCUUUUUUUGGGGGGGAGGGGGGUGGAAUGAGGGAGGGCAGGCAAUGUAAAAUUAAAAAAUAGACCACCUGGUACUCUUUUAUACCUAUUGAAUUUUAAUUAUUUGAGGAAUAAACCUCAUUUUUCAGCACUAUGUAAUUUUGGUGUAGUAAUUUUAAAUGUUUUUAAUCUUGCCUAUAUUUAAUUUCCUUUUGGACUUCUUGUCUUUUGAGGACAAAGAUUAGAAAUAAGAGGCCUUUUGGCCCAUGUAACUAAUUUUGGUAUGCUAGGGUAUUGGCAUUGUCCCCCAUGUAAUCAUCUACAGUUAUGUUCAAGAUUUAACAGAUUUAGUUCUAUUAAACUGUCAGUAGGACACUCCUUUAAGCUCAGGAAUACACCUAGUCCCUCUGGGUCUCUGGAUUGCUUUUAGAGCAGGAAUAUGUAUAUUGUAACAUGGUGACCAAAAUUGUGGCCAGUAAUUUUAAAUGGUCAUAUUAGUGCACAGUAAAGCUCUAACAUAACAUUAAAAAAUGUACAUUUUCACAAUUUGUAAGAUGUAUGGAGAA